AAUUAUAACAAUUUUGCAUACUAUUAAAAUGACCGUCAAUGUAAUUGCUUUUAUUUGAAGUUUUUAAAAGACAUUUGUGCUCCUGCACGGGAGCAGGAACAAACAAAGUAACGAUGUUAGUUCCUGCCCGAUUAGAUUUUCGGGACGGACCAGUUGGGUUUCUCAACCUUUUUCGGUUAGUUUGUUUUUGAGUGCCAAAAUGCCCAAAAAGAAGACAGGUGCCCGCAAAAAGGCUGAAAAUCGAAAAGAACGAGAAAAACAGAGCCGAGCCAACCGGGACCAGGUAGACUUGGCCAAACACCCUUGCAAUGCCAACAUGGACUGUGAUAAAUGUCAGAGAAAACAGAAGAACAGAGCCUUCUGCUACUUUUGCAACGCUCUGCAGAAACUCCCUGUUUGUGCACAAUGCGGCAAAACUAAGUGUAUGAAAACUUCAGACUGCGUCAUUAAACACCCUGGGAUCUACAGCACUGGGAUGGGCAUGGUGGGUGCAGUGUGCGACUUCUGUGAAGCGUGGGUGUGCCACAGCCGGAAAUGCUUGAGCACUCACGCCUGCGUGUGUCCUCUGACGGAAGCCGACUGCAUCGAGUGUGAACGCAGCGUGUGGGACCACGGCGGGCGUAUUUUCCGCUGCUCCUUCUGUCGCAACUUCUUGUGCGAGGACGAUCAAUUCGAGCACCAGGCCAGCUGCCAAGUCCUUCAAGCUGAGACAUACAAAUGCGUUUCCUGCAACAGACUGGGCCAACACUCGUGUCUACGCUGUAAGUCCUGCUAUUGCGACGACCACGCCAAGAGUAAAGUGUUCAAGCAGGAGAAGGGAAAAGCACCGCCGUGUCCAAAAUGUGGCCACGAAACCCAAGAGACCAAAGAUCUCAGCAUGUCCACUCGCACCUUGAAAUUCGGGCGCCAGGCAGGCGCUGACGAUGAUGACGACGACUACGGAGCGUCGGGAUACGACUCCUAUUGGAAGAACGUUGCGUCCGGCGGCGGAGGACGCAGCUACGACGAUGAGGACGAUGACGACGACUAUGAGGACGAUGAGGAUGACGAUGACGAGGAAGAAGAAGAAGAGGAUGAUGCUGAGGAAGAAAUGGCUGCUCUUAAGUUGGAUAAAGACUAAAACAGGCAUUAGUCAGGUGUCACUUUUGCUCAGCAAAACAGUUUUGCAACUUUUAUCUAAUUGUGAUUUGCCAACGCAAGACAGCGUCUGAAUAAAAAAAAAAAAAAAAAACCAACAACAACUUUGAAGUAAACUAUAGUCUGU